AUGAGCAAAUCAGAAAAGGAAAAAAUGUUGGCUGGAGAGCUGUACCUCGCCGGUGGGACAGAAUUGGCUGCUGAUACAAAGAGGAUUUCGGAAUGGAUGGAUCGCUUCAAUAGCAAGCACUCACGGUCGCAAGAGGAAUACCAACAAUUGCUAGCGGAAGGACUCGGUAGGGUCGGUGCAAAUGUACACAUAAGGCCACCAUUAUACUGUGAUUACGGUUACAAUAUUGAAAUCGGUAACAACGUCUUCAUAAAUUUCAACACAGUUAUGUUAGAUGUUGUCAAAAUAGUCAUUGGAGAUAAAACGCAGAUCGGGUCGGGAGUUCAAAUUUUAACUGCAGAUCAUCCAAGAGAUCCAAGACAACGACAUAAAGGCCUUGAGUUCGGUCGUCCCAUCACCAUUGGGUCUAACGUCUGGAUUGGAAGUGCUGCUGUCAUUCUUCCCGGGGUUACCAUUGGUGACAGCGCCGUGAUUGGUGCUGGAAGUAUUGUGACUCGUGACGUUCCAGCGGGCGCGACAGCAUUCGGUAAUCCUGCCAGAAUCAGGAGAAAAGAAUACUAA